AUCAGUCUGCCAAUUAAAACUACAGAAGCAGCAAAGAGGAACUGAGUCAAGUAGUUGUGGUUGGUGGAGGUUGCUUGUGAGGGCAUUGGUCCACUUGCGCGCGCGCGCCCUCUCCUGCUCUGUGGGUUGUAUCCUCGUGUUCCAAGUGUGAUCAUCGGAGUUAGAUGAGGUUUACUUGGUUGGGGCUAGUUUGUGCUGCCGGUUCUGCAGAGUGAUGACAGGUCCUUAGCAGCUUCACGUCAAUGUCUUUUCUCGGAGUCGGUGCUCGUGUGAUUACUUCUGUGCUUCUCCGUUCAUUACCCCCUCUUAUCUGACUCCUGACAAUGAUCGCUGAAGGUCACGUUUCAGCGCCACUCACUUGUCCAAGUACCGCUGCGCAUCCUUUUCUUUUGCGACCGCGACUCACAGAAAACUUUCACCUCUGAAACAAAAUUCACCCGGGGACUGUAUAGAGGCGCAGGCAUGAAUCCGAUCGGUAGGCUAUGAACGACUUUUAGAAGCCAGGACGCACUGGACGAUGACUUGGUGCAAACUUCGCCGCGCGCUCCCGCCGACGAGCCAGUGAAAAAAAAAAAAGAGGGUCAAACCACAGUUUAACCGAGAUGUUAGGAAGUCCGUCGAACAACGGCGGCAUCCGAAUGCUGACGCCCGCGGCUCCGAGCGACGAGCGGCGCGUCGAGUUCGUGGCUCUCACCGCGGUCCACGCGGAGCGGAGCGAGCCGUCCACGCCGGAGCGCGGGCACCCGUCGCACCGCACGGGGCUGCUGGGCACCCCGCUGCCGGGGCCGCCCGGACCGCGCGCCAACGCGUCCGCCUCGAGCAAGCGCUACAGAAAGUUGCAGAACUGCCUGUACAACGUGCUGGAGAGGCCGAGGGGAUGGGCGUUCAUCUACCACGCAUUCAUUUUUCUGCUGGUGUUCAGCUGCUUGGUGUUGUCUGUGUUCUCCACCAUCCCCGACCACCAGAAGUUUGCCAACCAAAGCCUCUUCAUCCUGGAGUUUGUGAUGAUUGUGGUGUUUGGGUUGGAGUACUUCAUCAGAAUCUGGGCAGCCGGCUGCUGCUGCCGAUACCGUGGAUGGCAGGGACGUCUGAGAUUUGCCAGAAAGCCCUUCUGUGUCAUAGACUUCAUAGUAUUUGUGGCGUCGUUGGCCGUGAUAGCAGCAGGUACGCAGGGCAACAUCUUUGCCACCUCGGCGCUGCGGAGCAUGCGCUUCCUGCAGAUUUUGCGCAUGGUGCGUAUGGACCGACGGGGAGGCACCUGGAAGCUACUGGGCUCAGUGGUUUACGCCCACAGCAAGGAGUUGAUUACAGCGUGGUACAUCGGUUUCCUGGUCCUGAUCUUUGCCUCCUUCCUCGUCUACCUGGCAGAGAAAGACGUCAACUCAGAUUUCAACACCUAUGCAGACUCCCUCUGGUGGGGGACUAUUACUCUCACUACUAUUGGCUACGGUGACAAGACCCCUCGUACCUGGCAGGGACGGCUCCUAGCUGCAGGCUUUGCUCUUCUGGGCGUCUCCUUCUUCGCCCUGCCUGCUGGUAUUCUCGGGUCUGGUUUUGCCUUGAAGGUUCAAGAGCAGCACAGGCAGAAGCACUUUGAGAAGAGGAGGAUGCCUGCUGCCAACCUGAUACAGGCUGCAUGGCGUCUCUACUCUACAGAUGCCAAACACUCGUAUCUAACAGCUACAUGGUACUUCUAUGACAGCAUGUUGCCGUCCUUCAGAGAACUGACCCUGCUGUUCAGUCACCUCCAGCGACAGCGUAACACCAAGAAGGUUCUUCACAACUCCUACCACACGCUGCUGUCAGGGCUGCGGCCCUACAGCUCCCCCUACCUGUCGGGGGACAGGAAGGCAGAAGUUCCAUGCAGUCAGCUCCUUUCAAAAAAGCGGGGUCUCUUCCGGAUUCACGCUGGCCGAAAGCAGAGCAGUAAAAUGGGCUUCCGGGAUCGCAUCAGGAUGAACAAUUCCCGAUCAUCCCAAACCAUUCGGAACAAGGCAUCGCCGCUGCCCCCAGGCUCCGGCGUCCGAUGCUCUCCCAGCCAGGAGAACGUUCCCGAGGCCACCAGUCCGGGGAAGGUCCAGAAGAGCUGGAGCUUCAAUGACCGCACACGCUUCCGCACCUCACUUCGCCUCAAACCACGACCCCCCGCUGAUGUGGAGGGGGUCGGAGAGGAGAGUGUGGAAGACAAACCGUACUGUGACGUCGCAAUGGAGGAGGUGAUCCCAGCCGUGAAGACACUUAUACGAGCGGUCAGGAUCUUGAAGUUCCUUGUGGCCAAGAGGAAGUUCAAGGAGACGCUGCGUCCGUAUGAUGUGAAGGACGUCAUAGAGCAGUACUCUGCCGGACACCUGGACAUGCUGGGCCGCAUCAAGAGUCUGCAGAUGCGGGUGGACCAGAUAAUUGGACGAGGAGCUGUUCAGCCGGAUAAGAAGGUCCGCUCUGAAAAAGGAGAGAAAACGCCGCCAGAACUGGAUCCACUGGAUGAGCUGAGUAUGAUGGGACGCGUAGUCAAGGUGGAGAAACAGGUACAGUCCAUCGAGAACAAGCUGGACCUCCUGCUCAAUUUCUACUCCCAGUGCUUGAAGAAGGGCUCCUCCCACUUCACCCUGUCCUCCCUCCUGGACCCUGACCUCACGUCUGACUACAACAGCCCCACGGGCCAGAGAGACCUCUUCCCCUCCGUGAACACACUCAACAUCUCAACCGGCAACUUAGAAUGACAGCGAACUAAGCAGCCUGGUCCCCCCAUCUCAAAUCUUCAUCCUCAUGCAUUUUCUUUAGGUGAAUGUGUUUCCACAGCUGAUACAGCCAGAGGCCUCCGGGUGGCUUCAUCGCACUGGGAGCCUCAGCCAACGGACACCGCUCUCGACCCACUACAUGAGGAUGGAGACACAGAGAGGACACGUGAACUAUGACGAUACUUGACUACUGAACAACUUUCACCUGCUCACCUCAUGCUUUCUAGCUAUGCCUAAUUUUGAAGCUUCAUUUAUUAAUCAGACUUUGAAGUUUAGUCAAAAUCUUUCCCCACCCCCAUCAUCAUCAUUUUCUGUUUUUCCUCGGCCGUUUGUGACUGAGAGUUUUCUGACUGACUUGACAGAGCUGCAGGUGUCAUGCCAGUCGUUUGUGCAGUAAGGACUGCCUCGGGAUGGCAUCACAAUUCUUGAUAUAGUGAUGAAUGUAAUGGGUAGGACCUGUACUUUUUCUAAUCACACCACCAGAAAAAACAAAUAAAUAACGAGAGGAGCCGUCUACCGAGGACUGUAUGUGCUCCCUUGGACUCGGACGGGCAGACUGGGUUGAAACCUCCGUGGUACUCCUUCCCCUCCGAACAGCAGAGUUUUAAAUGUGCAAAUCUGCUUUAAUCACCGAAGCUCGUCACAUGAAAGUAGCUGGAAGAAUGUGUUGGAUUGACUGGUAUGUACUGUACAUUGUUGUUUGUUUUGACCUCCAAUCCUUUUUCUCAGAAAUUCUGUCUCCAACAAGCCCACAUGCAAAAAAAUGUUUGGCUUGCAUUCAAGUGAGGAUUUGAUAGAGCCCAAAUGUCCUUUCAUGGGUCUGAAACGCCUCUUUGACAGCUCCGCGACUCUCUGUCUUGCAGCCCACCCUCCCAACAUGCAUGUUCCCUAACCCUGUAGAUAAAACCUCUCUGAUCCCAAGUCAGAAUUUUGACAUCCAUUUCACGUUUUCUGCACUGCUGCUCGCAACUCACGGCAAGCCUCGGG